AGCGAGGCCACAAAACAUUUUAACAGUGAUGGUGACAGUCAAGUUUAUUCUCACUGUGUGUGUUUGUGUGUGUGUGUGUGUGGUGAUGAACUUUAUAUAAUGUGAUUUCAAAACCAAACAGCAGGAUUCUCAAUUUAGGUGUAUUUUAUUUAUAUAGCCUAAAAUAAUGAAUCACAAGUUGUCCUCAGAUCUGUUCAUGACAACAACCAGCCCGUCUUUUUUUCUAUUGAAGGCUUUUUCCUCUCAGGGUUUAUAAUGAUAGAGGUUUAAGAGUUUCUGCGAUCUUUCUGAUCUAAACUGAGCCUGAAAUGAAAAGUUAUCUUGUGUAAAGGAGCUGCGACUCGGCCGGCAGCGGACCACCCCGCUGACCACACUGCCUCUGUGGUCAAAGGGCUCGUACACGCUGGUGUGAAGUCUCCGACACGAGGGAAGUCAUUAGUCUUCAUUAGCAACUUCCAGGAGUUUCUUAUGAAGUGCUGUGAAGUUGUCAUUUGCCCCCUUUGCCAGGCAAGCUCGAUCUGAAGUUUGUUUUCUUAUGUGCUCGACCAAAUGUGAGCCGGGCCGGCCCAUCGUCAGUUUAGGACGCCGACGUCAGACAGGAACAAACUGUUUUCUGCCUUCGUUCACAGUGAACACAGUUUGUUUUGAGAGCGUCAGGAAAAAGAGAAAUUGGCCUUUAACCCUGAUAAAUCUGACUCAUCAGUCAGCAGUGAUCAAACUUAACUGUACAUUUACUCAAGUACAAGUUUGAUGUACUUUAACUUGAGUAUUUCCAUUUUCUGUCACUUCAAACACUAAAACUUUGGAGGCAAAAGUAACAUGUGUUUGUAAGAAUCACAAAGAAUGGAAUAAGUUCAGAUAAACAGAGAAACCUACAAAAUAAUUGUAUUAUAAAUACAUUAAAUACUAAUACGAGUAGAAUAAAAUAGAAACUAUAGAAGAGCGCUACAACUUUAGGUCUUUAGAGUACAAUUUUAUUUUAAUCAGGAAGUCAUUUUGAGACCAAAAUGUGGCCAUAUUUAAAUAAACUAUGACAAAAUGCAUUGUAAAGUAUAAAAAAUAUAAUAGAAGAACAAAUUUAGUAAAAAACGUGUUACAGAAAUAGCCUGACAAUAAAACUGCAUUAUUAGUGUUUAAAGUGUUUAAAUGUGUCAGGUGUAAAAUAUAAAUAUAAGAAUGAAAUCGUGUUCUGGUAAACAGCUGCAUCUAAAAUCAAUAAGCCCUCCGAUCAAACGUCCUCGUCGAUAUCGUGGUCUAACUCCUCCGUCUGCUCUGUAAAUGCUUCCUCCACGCGAGGCUGUCGGGCCUCCUGUGGCAUCGUGUUGUUUCUCUACAAACCCCUCAAAGUGGCCAAUUAAGCAUCAAAAGGGCAUGCUGCAUGGCUAAUGUGGGCGAAAGGUGUGAGAUUUCUCGUCAGUCCACUCCGGGGGCUCUUUAUUGGGCUGCUAGAGAGCCGUCUGAUCCUCCGGGCCCUGGCUGUAUAUUGGCAGCUGUUAACUGUCGAGCACAAGGGGAUCUGUGCAGUUAAAGCAAAUGGCUGAAGAGCGGCUGACACCUGGGAGGAGGAGGAAGAGCCCUGCAGCAGGAGCUGAACACAGAGGAGUCAGACGGGAGCUGGACAUAGGAUCAGUUCUGAUGGACGCACAGAAAAUGUGAAGUGAAGUUUUAAAGGAGUAGUUCACCUCCACCAUGAUGAAAAGUCAGGUGAAGUUUCACAGUAAAAGAGAGUUGCAGCAUUCUGUUAAGCAACUGAAGAAGCUGCAGCCACCAAAACAUUUAAAAUGGCUCCAUACGAGACAUGAAAUCGUCACUGUAGCUAAUAAACUAAAAGCAUUAGCAGGAACCUCGUCUGAAUCUCCCAACGACCGCAAGAUGACGUCCUGGAGGAGAAUAAUGAAGUAGCAGCAAAGUAAAAGCAGAGGCGGAAUGAAACAAUGUGCAGAUGCUUCUUCAGGUGUCUGUGUUCAGAUGUAGAGAGAGAAAGUCAAAGAAAUACUCAAGUAAAAUAUAAAUAUCUGAACUUUCUCCUCCUCACAUUUUCAAGACGAACAUCCUGAGAACUCAACAGUCAACUGUCCUUGUGGUGCAUUCAGGAACAGCUGGAACAAAUCCUGCUGAUUCUACCUUUAACUUUAAUAGUCUUUGAAUUCUAUUAAUAUGACGUGAGCUUCAGAUGGAGACUUUUUACUCUGAUACUCUGAGUCCAUGUCAGAGCCUGAACUCUGUUACUGUACUGGAGGAAACAAGCUGGAUCAGUACUUCCACUUUUACCAGACUCUGUUUUUGCACUUCUGAACUUCUACUGGAGGAGAGCAGCGUCUCCUCCAGAUGAACUCCCUGACGUGUCGCCCUCCAGGCUGCUGUUACGUAAGGCAGAGCUCCCCGUCGUGCCUCCAGGCCGAGUACUGAGGCCUUCACCGGUCACGCCUGUCACCUCCAGACUCACUGAGUAAUGGGAUUGACACUGUCGCUGCUGAAUUGUACACCUCAGCUCCAACACUCACACACUCUGCUGCGGAGAGAAUUUGCCGUCAAAAUCUCAAGAUCUCUCGUGACAUUUUCCUCCUCAGAGCCACGUGACCUCUUCGCCCCGUGAAACAGUUUGAGGGAAUCCCUGUUGCGGCUCGGAGGAGCUGACUAAGUGCGAAGUGAGGAGAGCCACGCUGAACCUGUGAUUAAUAACUCCUCCUCAACAAUUGGCUUCACAUAAGGAGGAUAAAACCACAUCGCACUUCCUUAAGGCCAAUGUUGAUCCACAGAGGAGGAGGAGGAGGUGCUGAGAGUCCUGCAUCAGAGCGUUUAACGUCUCUUUAAGUGCAUCAUUACAAGUUGAGUGUCAUCGUGCUUUUAUUCUGCAUCGACCGCACGAAGAAGCCUGAAAGAGGCUCGUCAAUAUUCUCACAGUUUCUAACAAGCGACGUCUCUUUAUGGACGCGUUACUGCUGAUUCCACAGGCCGAAGCUGUUUCUACACGUCGCCAUGAAAAUGAUACGGAGCUGGACGAAGUACGAAGUUGUAUCUGUCCAGCUAUAAAUAUCUGUCGUAUAAGUUGUGUGUGUGUAUAUUUGCUGUGUCUCAGUUCAGGUCUGCGUCCUCUGAAGGACUCGGCCUUUGUGGUCUGUGAAGGCGAGUCCUUCAGAGACCUUGUUAACCUCGUCAGCAGCUGUUAAAUGUGACCGUCGAGCCUUUGGAGCAUUUCCUGGUUGCAUCACCAGAUGUUUUACUCUUACGUCACGAUCUAUGCAAUGCAAUGUCGCCAUUUUCUCUUUUUCUUUCGUUUUUUUCAGGCCCGCAAAGAAUCUUGGGAUAUGUGAGGCCAUGAAGGAUCGUAGUGCUGCAUCCUCCAAAAACAAAGAGUCUUCAGAUUGGGACAGACUUCGCGUGGCGUUGUGACAUAAUUGGCCUUCAAAUGCCUCUGAAGGAUGCAGAGCCUGAAUUGAAACACAGCAAUAGUACAAAUAAUAGUAUAAAUAUAAAUAAAUAAAAGUACAAAUAUCUUCACUAAAAGUAAAAUCACAUCUAUGUAUCUAGCUUUGGCUUUGGCUCUCACACACACAGUUACUCAGAGAGCUAAUAAACAAAGUUGUGUUUGGGGUGUUGAGCUGACAGGAGCACUGUGAGCAGAGUGUGACUGUAUGCAGCAGCAGACAUGAGAAUACAAAGAGGGAUGAAGGUGGAAGUGAUGCGUGCGUGUUAGAAAACAGACGUGAGAGUCGCCUCGAUUUGAAUCCUCCUGUCAGCGGCGGAGCGCAGCCCCUCUAUGCUAACGCUGCCGCUCUGAACGCAGACACGAGGAGUGUUUCUCCUGGAGGUGGAUGUUUGGAGGACGGCGGCUUGUUGUUGUGGUCUGCAGGUCUUUAUUGUCAGAGCCUCUCGUCCCCAUUCAGGCCUGACUUGGGCUCGUGGUGCUAACUGGCUGUUAAUUGCCGGCCUUUACCGCCGGCCUUUCUCCACAUGCAGAAACCGCCUCUUCAAGGGAAACUGGCCUAAUGAGAUUAUCUAUCAGAGCAGUGGGCCUGUCUAGACACCCAAUACACAACCCCACCCCCACCAGCCACCAGCCACCUCCACCUUCACCUCUACCUCCACUGCCUCCGGCGCUGCAGGCGUCACAGGACGCCCUCAGGUAGAAGUUACCUGGAGGAAGAGUUCAUGUUGUCAUCACGUCAUUAUGGGUUUACACACAGUUUCCCUCCCACUGCCUCGUCUCUGUGAUGGAGGACUCACAUGUUAACCUUUAAACUUGGCUCCACCAAUCAGACGCAGCUUCCUACGCUUACCUGAGCCCUCUGAUGGGAGGUAACAUUCACUCAAGUCCAGUUCUUCAGAGCAGUUCUCAGGUACUUCACCUGAGUAUUUGCAUGUUCUGCUGCUUCGUACUUCCACUCCUGCAGUUUGGAAGGAAACAUUGUACUUUUUUUUUACUCCACCACGUUUAUUUGAUAACUUGGUUUCUAGUAACUUGGCAGAUUUCCUGCUGCAUCAGAGCCAAAGUGACGCAGAUUUUUAUACCCUAGAAUAUUUAUACAAACUGAGCGCAGGUCAGAUUUGUGUCACAUCAUAUAGACAAAGAAUAUGGAAUCAAGACAGAUGGUCGGGAACAUCAUUAUGAAAAAAAGACUUCCUGGUUUUUCACAAACAUGAACCAAAACACACUUUUUAUGUAUUUCUCCCUUGUUUAACUGAAUGAUCAAAGACAGCAUGAACGAUUCUGAUCCUGUCUGCUGUGUGAAAAGAAUCACUCUAAUUAUCUGAUAUAUCUGAGAUAAACUCAUUACAAAGAGGAUUUAUGCUGCAGAAACAACAGAAUCAUUCAGAACCGCUCAUGGACGCAGCUGACGUGUCCUACCAAAAUAAAAGUACUCAUUUUGCAAAAAUAUGUUAGACGAUUGGAUCCUAAUUACUGAUGUUUUACUGUCAUGUUGAAGCUGGUCUGUGUAGUUAAUCUGCAGGUAGUUAAUGAUUGUAAUGUUAAAUUACAGAUAAAGAUUCACAGUUUAUUUGAUUUUAUUAAUAACUUAAUCUGCAAAGUAAGUUGUAACUAAAGUUACCAAAUAAAUGUAGUCGAGUAAAAAUACAAUAUUUGUCUUGAGUGGAAGUGAGAAGGAGCAGAAGAUGGAAAUAAACUUUUUCACUGUAUUUCUAUCAGUUUGAGUAUUUACCAGGUUACACACACACACACACACACACACUGAGCAGCGGGUGUGUGUGUGUGUGUGUGAUAUUUGCUCGGGUCGUGGAGCCGCUGCAGCGUGGAAGUGCAUCCAUAUUUGUUUUAAAGUCUCUUAGCAGUUAAUAAAGAUGCGUUUCCUCCGUCCCUCUUCCUGUGGGGACGGUAUCAAGGCUCUGUUAAGUCUCUUUGAUUUCCAGCCUCCUCCAAUCACAGCAGGUCACUGACUCAUCAUUGUGCCACUUCAAAGCCUGGGAAUGGCUCUCCUGACCCCACCUACUCCACCGCUCCCCUUAAAAGUCACGGUCACCUCCGUCUGCAGGACUCCAGACCUCUGAGUGAUCCACCACAGCACGGCUGAUUGACCCUCUGACUCUCUGAGCUGCUGGAUUUCUUCUUUUUAUCCCUCCUGAGGCAGGAGAACAAGCCGGAGUAAACUACUGAGGAUAUCUCGCACUCGUGGAUUGUUAUUGGCCCCUCGGUGUAUGAACAAGCUUUGUGCUGCAGAACCUGAAGCAUGCAGUCCAUCAGAGACUUGAAGCCAAACUUCAGCGGCCCUCCUCCGUCCUCCAUGGCUGCCGGCCCUGACGCGUAUCUCCAGGGCAACAUCAGGAUGACUCUGGAGGACCCCGACCUGUGGAAGACCUUCCACGGGAUAGGAACAGAGAUGAUCAUCACCAAGCCGGGCAGGCGGAUGUUUCCACACUGCAAAGUGAAUCUCUCCGGUCUGAUUCCAUGUGCCAAGUACAUCUUACUGGUGGACAUGGUCCCCGAGGACGGAUUCAGGUACAAGUGGAAUAAAGAGAGAUGGGAGGUGGCCGGCAAAGCGGAGCCCCAGCCGCCCUGCAGGACCUACCUGCACCCCGACUCUCCGGCCCCGGGGAGCCACUGGAUGAAGCAGUCGGUCUCCUUCCUCAAGCUCAAGCUCACCAACAACACGCUGGACCAGCACGGACAUAUCAUUUUGCACUCCAUGCAUCGCUACCACCCGCGCUUCCACAUCGUCCAGGCUGACGACAUGUUCAGCGUCCGCUGGAGUGUUUUCCAGACCUUCACCUUCCCUGAGACUUCCUUCACGGCCGUCACAGCCUACCAGAACACCAAGAUCACAAAGCUGAAGAUCGAUCACAACCCGUUCGCAAAAGGUUUCCGAGAUGAAGGCACGAAUAAAAAGAGACGUGCGAACAAGAACCCGGCCUGUCUGGAGAAACGAGCCAGGAUGUCGGACAUUUUGAGCCGAGACUCUGAGGAGGACAGUCCACCAGACUUCUGCAGGUCGUCGUAUGAAGGUUACGACGGAGAAGAAGCAGAACCGCCCAAGAGGAAAGAAGGCGACUCCGUCAAAGAGGAGCGUUACUCCCCGUGGGCCGCUGACCGGGAUCACAGAGUGAGGACCGAGUCUCCUGCUGGUGCCGACCCGAGAGACCUGUACAACACAGAGCAGCUGGUUCCUGCUGCAGCUUCAUACCAGCCGUACAGGGCUCACGAGUACGGGAAGUCUCCCUCCCCGUCCUCCAGCAUCGGCAGCACCAACAGUGGAUCUGGACGCAGCAGCUUCGAGUCCAGAGUCCCCGACGUCGCCACCGUUCCCGACCACGACUCUUCGAAGCAGCGCCCGCACGAGGUCGGCCCGUCCUCCUGCGGCCCGCAGCACCUCCCGGGCCCUCAGGACUACACCGGGGUCCUCAACAUGACCAUGGCCCCCGCCGGCAAACCGGGAGUGAUCGGCCACCACAUCUACAGCCCGUACAGCGCCGAGCAGCCUCUGGGUCAGUGGAGCGGGCCCGGUCCGGCCCAGUACCCCCCGCCUCCUCACCACCUGACCGCCGACUACACCGCACAAGCUGUUCACCACGGUUAUCACCAUGGCAACGUGGCCGAGUGGAGCCAGUACCCGCUGUUCUCGUAUUCCUGCUGGUGAACGUGACGGACUGAGACUUUAACUCCGCCGCAGCUGACAGGAUGCAUGACCGCCGAGGAGCCGCCGCUUCACGCCGCCUCGUGUUUUAUCGUCCAAUCGUCUAUUUAUUUUGUAUUUCAUCUCGACUCCAAGUGAAAAAAAAAGAUUAUUUUUGUAUAAAAAGAGAAAGAAUUAAGAGUUCCUGGCUGAAUAAGAAUGUUAAAUAAAAGUGUGCAAUGUCUGUGAAUUGUGACGUGAUCUGGAAAUAAAAAACAAAAGCAACA